AAUGAAUAUAUUCAUGCCUUUAUCUAUUUUUAAAAAGUAGGCUGCAAAUUGGAAAAUCGGUAAAUAAUUGAUAUAGUAAAAUUAUAAUAUGCCAUAAUUCGAAAUUGAUUGAUGUUGGAAGUACUCAUUUUACUCAGUCUAUGGAUAAUUUUUUAUUUAAAAGUAGUUGUUUUAUUAAUGUUAUUAAGAUAUUUAUCACUCAUUCUAUAAUUCGUUACUCCUGUAGUUAUUCUAUUCUGAUACAUAUUUGGUUUAAAUAAUUGUAUUUUUAUACUUUAAU